AUGACCAACAACAACGGCAAUGGCACGAACGCGGCGGCGAGCAGCUGGCUAGGCUUCUCGCUGUCGCCUCACAUGGCCUCCGCCAUGGACGAGCACCACCAGCAGCAGCAGCAGGUUCAGCAGCAGCACCAUGGCCUCUUCUUCCCUUCCGUCACUGCGGCCGCCUACGGCCUCGGCGGCGGCGACGGUGGCGUGGCCACCAGCGCGUCGUCGUACUACACGCCGCAGCUGGCGUCCAUGCCGCUCAAGUCCGACGGCUCCCUCUGCAUCAUGGAGGCGCUCCAGAGGAGCGAUCAGCAAGAUCACCACGGGCCGAAGCUGGAGGACUUCCUGGGCGCGGCGGCGCAGUCGCAGGCCAUGGCGCUGAGCCUGCAGGACAACCCCGCGGCCGCCGCCUCCAGCUUCUACUACUACGGCAACGGCGGCGGCGGCGGUUCGGGGCACCAGCACCACGGGGGGUUCCUGCAGCCGUGCGCCGACCUGUACGGCGGGCCCUCGGCCGCGUCCCUGGUGGCGGACGACGAGGCCGAGGCCGCGGCCGCCGCGACGGCGAUGGCGAGCUGGGUGGCGGCGCGCGCCGAGAGCGGCGGCGUGCUGUCCGCCGCCGCCGCGGGGCACCACCCGCACCACUACCACGCGCUGGCUCUGUCCAUGAGCUCCGGGUCGCUGUCGAGCUGCGUGACCGCGCACCCCGGCGCCGAGUACGCCGGCGUGGUGGCGGGGUCCGCGGCGGCCGCAUCGCUGGACGGCGGGCGCAAGCGCGGCGGCGCGGCGGGGCAGAAGCAGCCCGUGCAGCACCGCAAGUCCAUCGACACGUUCGGGCAGAGGACGUCGCAGUACCGCGGCGUCACCAGGCAUAGGUGGACAGGGAGGUAUGAGGCGCACCUGUGGGACAACAGCUGCAAGAAGGAAGGCCAGACCAGGAAGGGCAGGCAAGUUUAUCUCGGCGGGUACGACAUGGAGGAGAAGGCGGCGAGAGCCUACGACCUGGCGGCGCUCAAGUACUGGGGCCCCUCCACGCACAUCAACUUCCCGCUGGAGGACUACCAGGAGGAGCUGGAGGAGAUGAAGAACAUGACACGGCAGGAGUACGUGGCUCACCUCAGGAGGAAGAGCAGCGGCUUCUCACGGGGCGCGUCGAUGUACCGAGGAGUCACAAGGCACCACCAGCACGGGCGGUGGCAGGCGCGCAUCGGCCGCGUCUCCGGCAACAAGGACCUCUACCUCGGCACCUUCAGCACGCAGGAGGCGGCGGCGGAGGCGUACGACAUCGCGGCGAUCAAGUUCCGGGGCCUCAACGCCGUCACCAACUUCGACAUCACGCGCUACGACGUCGACAAGAUCAUGGCCAGCAACACGCUGCUGCCGGGGGACCUCGCACGCCGCAGGAAGGACGACGACCCCGCCGCCGUCAUCGCCGGCGCCGACGCCGGCGGCGGCGGCGGCGUCACGACCGCGGCGGCGGCGGCCGCCCUGGUGCAGCAGGCUGCUGCCGCUGCCGCUGCUGCAACCGGCGCCGGCGCCAGCGAGACGUGGAAGCUGGCCGCCGCCGCGCCGAGGGAUGGAAACCAUCACCACCACCACGACGUGCUGUCCGGCGAGGCCUUCUCCGUGCUGCACGAUCUGGUGGUCACCGCCGCGGACGGCGGCGGACACCACCACGGCCACGGCGCCGCGGCGCAGCACAUGUCCAUGUCCAGCGCGUCGUCGCUGGUCACCAGCCUCGGCAACUCCCGCGAGGGCAGCCCCGACCGCGGCGGCGGCCUGUCCAUGCUCUUCUCCAAGCCGCCGGCUCCAGCACCAGCCCCGCCGCACGCCGCCAACAAGCCGAUGGGCCCGCUCAUGCCGCUGGGCUCCUGGGCGUCCACGGCUGCGUCGGCCAGGGCCGCCGCCGCCGUCUCCAUCGCGCACAUGCCCGUCUUCGCCGCCUGGACCGACGCCUGA